UGUCUAAUUUCAUGGUGAUCAGGAGAGAGGGAACGCAUCGACGCACGCACAGCACUCCGCGAAGAGUUUAUUCCGGGGUAAACUAGGUUUCAGCCUGACUGGAACAAAGGUCAUUGUUGUUCUGGUGUAGCAAAGAAGAAAAUAUUCAAGGGGCUCCCUUGCGCUGGAACUGUUCUUUGCUGUCCCAGGUUCAGACUGCUUGGUCUAUGGCUCUGAUGGACAGACACAAACAAGUCAAGCGGCAGAGACUUGACCGCAUAUGUGAAGGUAUCCGACCUCCUAUCCUGAAUGGACCAAUGCACCCACGGCCACUGGUGGCACUGCUGGAUGGGCGGGACUGUACUGUGGAAAUGCCUAUUCUCAAAGAUGUGGCCACAGUAGCCUUCUGUGAUGCCCAGUCUACACAAGAGAUUCAUGAGAAGGUUUUAAAUGAGGCAGUGGCUGCCUUGCUUUACCACACCAUCACGCUGUCCAGAGAUGACCUGGAAAAGUUUAAAGGACUGCGUGUGAUUGUCAGGAUUGGCUCAGGCUUCGACAAUGUUGACGUUAAAGCAGCUGCUGAAUUGGGCAUUGCUGUAUGUAACGUACCAGCUGCCUCAGUGGAGGAGACAGCUGACACUUCCCUUUGUCUGAUCCUCAACCUGUACAGACGAGUCACCUGGAUGCACCAGGCCCUCAGGGAGGGAACUCGUGCCUCAAGUGUCGAGCAGAUUAGGGAAGUGGCUGGUGGUGCAGCCCGUAUCCGGGGGGAGACCCUGGGCAUUAUCGGGCUGGGACGUGUUGGCCAAGCAGUGGCUCUGCGGGCUAAGGCCUUUGGUUUUGCCGUGAUCUUUUAUGACCCCUACCUGCCAGAUGGUGUGGAACGCUCACUCGGCCUUCAGCGCAUGGCAACACUGCAGGAUUUGCUUAUCCACUCUGACUGCGUCUCCCUUCACUGCAGUCUCAACGAGCAUAACCACCACCUUAUUAAUGACUUCACUAUCAAACAGAUGCGUCAGGGAGCCUUUCUAGUGAACACAUCAAGAGGUGGUCUGGUUGAUGAGAAAGCACUGGCUCAGGCCUUGAAAGAGGGCCGGAUACGAGGGGCAGCACUUGACGUCCAUGAGACAGAACCCUUCAGUUUUUCAACAGGUCCUCUAAAGGACGCCCCCAACUUGAUCUGUACCCCGCACACAUCUUGGUACAGUGAGCAGGCAUCUGUAGAGGCUCGCGAGGAGGCAGCCAGGGAAGUGCGCCGGGCUAUCACUGGUCGAAUCCCUGAGACUCUGAAGAAUUGUGUGAAUAAAGAAUAUCUAAUGGCACCCCCUCAGUGGCCCAGCAUGGAGGCGGCUACUGUUCACCCAGAACUUAAUGGAGCUGCGUACAGAUUUCCUGCGGGUCUGAUAAAUGUUGCAGCAGCUGGGGGUCUCCCAGGUGCUGGUGCCGGGGUUGAAGGCCUGGUGUCCGGAACCCUGGCGCAUGGCAUUGCCCCUGUCUCUCACCCCCCACACACCCCCUCCCCAGGGCAGCCUACUAAGGCAGAAGCUGACAGAGACAUCCCCUCCGACCAAUAGCCCCUUUUGACGCCGCCAACACAUUCCGUCUCCUCGGUAACAACCCCCACCACUGCCACCAAAAAAGCAUCAGACACAACCCUACCAAUCAAUGGUAGUAUAUUGGCAGCACCACUUUGACCGGACAUGGAUCGACAACCCUCUUUUGCAGACAAUGUAUCCAAUCCAGGACUGAAACCUCCCAGGACACACAGACUUCUCCAGCGUUCAAUGUGCUCAUCUCACUCACUCAUCAGUCACCACCCACCUUUUGUCCCCCUCCACAAUGUUAGCAAUAACUGUUCUCAAGGAUUCAAUGAUUGGAUUGGUUUAUUUCCUUAGUUGACUGUUGUUGUUUUAAUGGUAAGUUGAUGUUAAGGUUGUAGGUGUUAAUGUGUUGUAAAAAUAGCAUUUCUGACACGAGGCUUUACAGUCUGAUGCCUCUUGCUGUUCUCCUCUGGCUUUGAUCAGUAGAGGCAGAAAGGUUAAACCCUCUCUGUGUACAUUUAUGGCUUGUGUUACUGCUUUCAUUUUAAUGCCCCCCCCCCCCCCCCCCCCCCAAUCCAGUGGACAUCAUGUUAACCACCUGCAGUUUAAAACCAGUGUGUGAGAAGAAACUCAACCCCCGCUGUGUGUAAGUGAACUGAUAUCCACUGGUUUGCAUCAUGAACAGCAGUGUUCCUUCAAAAAAAAAAAAAAAAACGUCCAAAAUAUCUAGUUUUAAGUUCUUAAGCAAUACGCAGCUUUUUAAUUUUAGACGCGUUCACACAGUGGCUAUUUUAUAGAGACGAGCUCUCAAAAACAUGCUUUGCUUUCUGUCUUUCAGUGUGUUGUGUUUCGUCCUCAUUAAUCCAUUUUCCAUGUUUCCUACUCUUUUAUCUCCAUCUUCUGUGAGGUGUGGAAAGUUUGUAUUCAAGUACAGCAGACAGACAUCCAGUGUGUCCUGUCCUCUGUCUCAUUCACAGUCCAGUCUCACUGUUGCAUCAUGGCAGCAGCUUGGAGGGCUCUCUAAUGACUCCACCUGUCAAAGCAUAUCGACUCUCUUUAGCUCAAACUUUAUUGAGCAGCGUCUCGUUUGAUGGCUUUGUCCCCUUUUACCUCUUCAUUGAUGUAGUCUUCUGGAUGUGGGGCAGGAAACCUGGACAUGUUUUGUUUUGUCUUUAACGUGCCCUUACCUAACUGCCUCGUCCCACAGAGCACCUCUGUGUGACUUCCCACCUAACGCCUCACAGCCCGAGAGUUGUACGUCACACAAACGCAGCAGCGUUCCUGCUGGUGAAACAACUUGCCUGUCACCACCAGGGGGCACCGGUGAGCUGCAUGUAGAGCGCAGCAGGUAACAAUUUGCCCCAUUCAAUGGGUCGUUGUGGUGAAACACACAGGACACUUAAAGGUCAGCAGUGACGCAGAAUGUGAUUGCACAGGGCCGGCAUUCAGAACACAGGGCGUGAGCCCAGAGACUAACACCCACCUUUAUCGGUCUGUGGCUAAGAACCCCUUUUUUCUUUCCUCUCUCUACUGUUGUGACCCACUGUGCACAUCUGCUCAGAAACCUGUCUGCAUCCCACAGUCCCUUCUGCUGUGAUGGGACAGAUUAGUGUUUAGGUUUAAAGGGACAGUGCUCAUACAUGCUGGUUUUGUUAAUAACAGUUGUGCGUGAGCAUGUGUGCGCGUGUGAGUGUUCCCUCACGCUAUUGUCUCUCCAAAGGAAUAGUCCCUAGAAGUAACUCUUUAACUCUGUUGCCCUGGUGUUGAGGGAACACCUUUCUAGUACCUCAGUAACAGAUAUUGAAUGUACUGUGCAUACCCUCUUUUUUUUUUUUUUUUUGUACAGAUUUUCUAGAUACUACUUUACUAUUCUUUACCAGAAGGGUUGUGGAAUUCUAGCAGUAAUGGUGUAAUGAAUAAAAAAAGCCCCAUAAAUUAAAUUGACAUAAUCUUUAAAGGUGUUAAAAGACACUGAAUACUCAGGCUUCAAAAAACUAAUGUGUAUCUCUUUGCCUUUACCUUUUUAUUUCCUCAUUGUGGAAAGUCUAGCACAGUCGUUUUCCAAUAAUUACAGUUUAUGGCUUUUUAGUAUAGUUAUGGUUACACUUCUUUGUUGGCUAAGAAGUUAUAAAAGAAAGGUGUUAAGGUCUGCUAGGUUUUAUUGCUAGUACAUAGAUAGAUGCUGACUUUACUUUUCCUUUCAUCAAGCUGCUUUGCGUGAUGCAUGUGAGGUAAUUUUUAAGGGGAUUACUGUUGUCUUAUAGAACUUGUCAUGUUGUGGUUUCCCUCCAGUCCCUGGCGUUUUUUAAACCGUUUCAACCCAAGUUGCCAUUUUUUGUCAGUCAUUCUCCUAUGAUGUACAUACAGGUUUGUUUGUUUUUAUCUUUUUCUUUCCUCCCCCUCCAACAGAAUCUAUGAGCGACAGAGCGUCUGUCUUGAGAGGCUACAGUGACGAGUAUAUAUUUUUAAAGCUUAACCCCCAUAGCUCAUCGUGUGAGCAUAAUAGUAAUCUUAAUUUUUAUUGUUCCCCCUCCCAACUUCAGCAGUGCACUGUUGUUGGCGUUUCAUUUUUAUGAAAAUGCUUUUUCUGUGUUCCACAUGUUGUACUGAGACAUUUCAUAGCAAAAUAAAUUCCCGUUUUACCUUAAGCAUCCUUACCAGCUGAUCUCCUCGGGCCUUAUCUCUUCCCUGUAGCUGUAGGUGUUGUAGAAUGUUGCCAUGGAGCCACUCACUGCCUUAAUGCCACUUACUAAAGGAGGAGCCUUGCAAGCUAACAGUCCUGAAUCAUCAGCGUUUUCCAGUCCAGUGUCCUCUGCAUGGAAUAGUUUUUGGGUUUUAAUAGGUCAGCAGUGUGGGCUAAUGGAUAAGCACAGUGUGUGAUAGAGAUUUUACACUCUGGUGUGAAUGCCCUCUACGUCACUUCCUCAUUCCCAUCACAAUGGCCCUCUGACUGCUUUUUCACAGUGUAACUGGAGUCAUGUUGUGGUGUGUUGGGGGGCAGACGGGGUUACUGGUUUGGUCGCAGAGAAAAGCAGAAAGUGGAUGUUUAGAAUUGGCCUCUCUCUCAGGGUUCAAAACGCGCACACAUAUCUUCGAGCAGUUGUUCCCCGUCAGCUCUUCGUUCAGCCCUCCUGAUCUCUCCUCACUCCUCUGCAUGCCUCUGAACUUUUUCUUAACCUCGUUUGCUUCCUCUUUGACGCUAACCGUCUGAAGAGUGGAUGAGUGAAUGUCUGAAAAUGUGUGUAAUGUAGAAAUCAGGAAAUGUAUUUUUACAACAUGUGAACAUUUUUUCCCCCUCUCACUCUCAUUGUGAUUGUUUUCUUUCACCAGACUGCAAAAACAAAAAUGUAAAAAAAAAAAAAUCCUGUAACUAGGCUCUUAAGCUUUAUUUUGUUUUGUUUACUUUUUUAUUAGAAACAAUCAUAUUUGUGAUGGUAACUUCCAAUGGUAAACUCCACACCGUAUUUUAAUAAAAUUAUAAAAAAAA